CACCGAACUAUCAGGACCGGAACCAUCAGGACCAGAACCAUCGGGAUACAUUAGGACCAGGUCUGCAACACCUUAGAGAUUCAAAGACCUGCCUGAGGACCAGACUGAGGGCCAAAUCACCAGUGUGCUGCUCCUCUGUGAACUCUGCAGACAAUCUGUGAGGAUUUUGAAGUUCACCGUGAGCUGCUGACCUCUUCAUGUUUCUGUUGCAUCUCCUCACUCACCUCAAACAUCAGAAAGACUCUACUGCUGGACUCUACUGCGUGUGAGGUUUCGAUCUAAAGGAAUUUGAACUGUUCACCAGCUGCUUCCUGUUUCAGAUACUCACUCUUCAAACUGUACUCAUAUUGUCUCUACUGUGAGACUGUUGGAGCAUCAGUGUCAGUCGGCGGCCAUCAUGUCCUCUCAGUUUUCUGUGUUCUUCUUCAUGGCUGUCGGUCUUCUCGUUGACGCCUCUCCCACAGUCUCUCCUGCUCUUAAGGUUGAUAUGGCUUCUCGGCUUCAGGAGGGGGCGCCAUCUUCAGACUGUCCGUCCUGCUCUCUGCUUCAGAUGAGGACGAACUCGUCUUCAUCAGGAGGACAGAACGACAUGGUGGAGGCUGUGAAGCUUCAUAUUCUCAAUAUGCUGCACCUGAGCACUCGGCCCAACCUGACACAGCCAGUCCCUCGCGCAGCGUUGCUUAACGCCAUCAAGAAGCUGCAUGUUGGCCGCGUGGCUGAAGACGGCAGCGUGGAGAUCCAGGAGGAGGGCCGGGGCCCCUGGCCCCCAACACCACCUGAACCACCAUCUGAAAUUAUUACCUUUGCAGAGCCAGGAGACUCUUUCAACAUGGUGACCUUUGACAUUUCGAAGGAGGGCAGCGGCUCGUCCGUGGUGGAACAGGCGAAUGUCUGGAUCUUCCUGAAGAUGUCAAAGGCAAACCGAGUGAAAGGCAAAGUGACGCUGCGGCUGCUUCAGCUUCAUCAUGAGAAUGAUGAUGAGAAGGAAGAGUGUGUUUCAGAGAAGAUGGUGGACAUUCGUCGCAGCGGCUGGCACACCCUGGCGGUCUCCCGCAGUGUUCAGACUCUGCUGGACGGCGGCAGCAGCUCGCUCAGCCUGCGGGUUUCCUGCCCGCUGUGCUCCGAGGCCGGAGCCUCGCCUAUCCUGGUGCCUGCCGCCGGCGAGCGAGCCGGUGGGAGGGAUCAGUCUCACCGUCCGUUCCUCAUGGUCGCACUGCGAGCUGAAGAAGCGGCUCAACGACGAUUCAAACGAGGUCUGGAGUGUGACGGGAAAAUACGGGUCUGCUGCAAACGACAGUUUUACGUGAAUUUCAAAGAUAUUGGCUGGAACGACUGGAUUAUCGCUCCCUCUGGUUACCAUGCCAACUACUGCGAGGGCGACUGUCCAAACCACAUGGCGAGUUUCAGUGGCUCAUCCCUUUCUUUCCAUUCAACGGUCAUCAAUCAUUAUCGGAUGAGGGGCUACAGCCCGUUUCAAAACAUCAAGUCAUGCUGCGUGCCAACGAGGCUGCGUGCGAUGUCAAUGCUGUAUUACAACGAAGAGCAGAAGAUCAUCAAGAAGGACAUCCAGGACAUGAUUGUGGAUGAGUGCGGCUGUUCGUAAACACUCAUAAAGAUGUAAGAAACACUUCCUGCUUCCCGCAGGAAAAAUAUCAGUCCAGCACUUUCCCAGUAAAGAUGAAGUAUUUAUGUUUAGUGACGAACCAUUGUAUUUCUUAUUGGGAGAGACUCUUUUCCACAUUGGAACUACCUGAGAAUACUAUGCAACAGUCAAACCUGAUCCGUCUACAUUUAUAUGUGUGAUUUCUCUGUUGUAAUCCAGUGUUUGUCCAUUGUUUUCUAUUGUUAAGGUUCUGCCUGUGUAAAGACUUUUGAUGCUGUUGAGAUACUUGAAAGAGAUGUAUUAAAGCCGGCUGCUGGAGCAAAACAUUAUGAGUAUCAAUAUUAUAAUAUUAUUAUAUAAGUUGAAUGUUGAUAGUUCCACACAUUCCUGGUAGAUAUUUAGAUUCAGAAGGAAGCCAAAGACCUGGAUGUUGAAAGUAAAUUAACUAGACAAUGUGUCAGUUAACGAGCUGAGAGUAUAUUAACUAGACAAUGUGUCAGUUAACGAGCUGAGAGUAUAUUAACUAGACAAUGUGUCAGUUAACGAGCUGAGAGUAUAUUAACUAGACAAUGUGUCAGUUAACGAGCUGAGAGUAUAUUAACUAGACAAUG